AGUAAGUCCAAUAUGUUCAGUCGAGGAUGUGCGUGUGCGAUGUAGUCAUUACACAGGCUGUGUCUUGAGGAACUCAUUGAUCAGUCACCAGGGACCUCACUGAGGCGUAAGAUGUGAAAGCCACAACACGAAAAGUCUGGUAGGCGUCGGUGUUUCGGAAUUUUACGCAGCGGCAGGGGCAUUUUUUUUACAUUGGGGACAAACCUUAAUGACUAAAUGUACCCAAGAAUGCAGUCUGCAGCGUUGGACACUUAUAUAACCUAUCCAACACACCUGGCAAAAUCUAUUUUUUGAUGACACUAUUUUCACAUAAAAUAUUUUGUGCCCCAGACUAGAGCAUACUUUGCAGGGGAAUGGCUGAGUCAUCGAACGGAUCUAACAUUACGCGUAACUUCACUAAUCAGUUUGUUCAGCCUCCAUGGCGAGUUGCGCUUUGGUCAGUAGCAUACAGUUCAGUGUUGGCAGUUGCUGUGUUUGGAAAUCUGAUUGUCAUUUGGAUCAUUUUGGCUCAUAAGCGAAUGCGAACGGUUACAAAUUAUUUCUUGCUUAACUUGGCAUUCUCUGAUGCUUCGAUGGCUGCCUUCAACACACUUAUUAAUUUUAUUUACGCCACUCACGGCGAAUGGUAUUUUGGAGAGGCAUAUUGCAAGUUCCACAACUUCUUCCCUGUCGCCGCUGUGUUCGCUAGCAUCUAUUCCAUGUCUGCUAUAGCUGUUGACAGGUAUAUGGCUAUCAUACAUCCUCUGAAGCCCCGUUUGUCAGCCACUGCUACUAAAGUUGUGAUAGUGUGCAUUUGGGCGUUGGCUGUUGUGUUGGCCUUCCCCCUCUGUUACUACUCUACCACCUGGAAGAUGCCCCAAAGAACAUUAUGUUAUGUGGCAUGGCCCAGACCCUCCGAUGAUCCUUUCAUGUAUCAUAUCAUUGUGGCUGUGUUGGUUUACAUGCUCCCCCUGGUGGUCAUGGGUAUCACCUACACCAUUGUGGGGAUAACACUGUGGGGUGCAGAGAUACCUGGAGACUCAUCCGAUAACUAUCAUGACCAGCUAUGUGCCAAAAGAAAGGUGGUGAAGAUGAUGAUUGUGGUGGUGGUGACUUUUGCAAUCUGUUGGCUGCCGUACCAUGUGUAUUUCAUCGUGACUGGCCUGAAUAAAUGGCUGAACCGCUGGAAGUCCAUUCAGCAGGUUUAUCUGUUUGUGCUUUGGCUGGCCAUGAGCUCCACCAUGUACAACCCCAUCAUCUACUGCUGCCUCAAUGGAAGGUUCCGGGCGGGGUUCAAGCAAGCACUCCGCUGGUGCCCGUUGGUGCAUGUGUCAAGUGCAGAUGAGCUGGAAUUGCGUGCUAUUCGCCUGCAGCCACGCAACCAAAGCAGCAUGUGCACGCUGUCCCGUGUCGACACCAGCCUCCAUGGCGAUGACCGGGGCCGCAACCGUGACAAGCCUGGCAAACCGCUUGGUCAAGCAGGCGUCGCCAACGGCAGUACUAAAGAGGGUGAGUCACCUGCUGUCUCUGAUCUGCAGGGUCCACAGGAGCACAUGACAGCAGGGCACCUCCGCUGACCAGACCCAAAUGCUCAUGGUCUUUCAUGGCUCUUCAUAAAGACUCUCCAGCAAAUGUCAACGAUUUAACCUUUUCCACAUGCUCAAUAGAUGUUUUUUAUGUGUUAAAAGACAUAUCACAAGCAAAAUGAACAGUAGCCUAUUUGUUGUUGACUGACUUGUGGAGUGGAGCUUUUCCAAUGAUUUUGGAGAAUAGCUUUCCUAAGAACACAUCUGCACAUUUAGCUUUGCAAGAUAAGAAAGUUAACGUGUAGCUAUCUUACAUAAAAAUAACAUGUUUUGCCAUUAGAUAACAUGGUCACACCUACUGAGUAGUACUACACAACAUUGCAGAAAGUGAUAGAAAGUGAAGACAGUAGGCCUAUAAUUCUGAUGCAUCAACUUGUAGGUGACCUUGGCUGAAUUAUUCCAAUAUUAGAAUAUUAUAUUUUGGAAAUCAAAGAGGGGGUAGAGAUGCGUACAAGCUGUUUAAAGCGUAUGAAGUGAUUUUCCAUUGAAGAACAAUAUUUGAAUGAAUAUUCAAGGUAUGAAUAUGUACCUUAGAGGAACUAAGAGCCUGAAUGUGUACAUGUUGUAAAAAAUGACUCAAUGUUUCCGUGCAUCAUUUUAUCUGAAUGUAUAAUGCUGCUUUUGAUGUAGGAAGACCAGUAUGUGUAUUGUGCCAAAUCUUUUUGUGAAUAUGAAUCUGAAUAAAAAAGGUGAAUGAAACAGUGGAACAGGCAUAUGAGUGUCUGAGAUUUUGUUGUGGCAUUUUCAAAUCCGUUAAAGAAGUGUUUACUCGCAAUACUUUGCUAUUAAACGCUAACUGAAUAGGCCAGUUAUUGUACCUUAUAAAAUGUGAAUGUCCUUAAUACUGUGAGAGUGUGUAGGCCUACUUAAAGGCUUCUAAAAUCUUUAUAGUUUUGUAUGUGAUGUUGAGGUUUUUCUUGAUUUUUUUUAAAGUUCUACACUUUCUGUAUGUUAAGUAUGUGCAGAGUACAGUUUCAUUGUUGGCAUUUUAGUUAAAAUUGUAAUUUGAGUAAUUCUGGUGUUAAUCUCUUGUGUUUGUGAUAAUAUGGAGCUGUUUUCGUAAGUCAA